AUGGCGUCAUCAGACGAUUUCACGCCUCCAUUACCCUCUGAGUCUCUCCACGAGCGUUUCUCAAAACUCGGAGUGGGUUCUAUGGCUUUUGUCAAUACAGAUGUCAUGGCAUAUUUCACCCAGCCUCGGCUGGAAGGCCAUGAGCCGUGGCUUCGUAAGCCCGAGGUUCCAACGCCAGAAGAGAUUAUGGAUACUGAUUGUGAUGAAAACUCUGAAUAUAUCGAGCUAAUUCCCAAUAAAAUUAUGGGUCCCUGGAAAUCCAAGGAGGAGUAUCUCAAGGCUCAUUAUGAGCUACUUAGAGAGGAUGCUGUUGCUCCUUUGAGGGAUGCUGUAGCAUAUGUCAAAAACGAUCCCCAGAUGUCCGACUCACAAUCUGUGGCUAUUUAUGAAAAGGUUUACAUCAUAGGCAUCACUUUCGCACAAAGGGAUCUGGCUUUUCGCAUCCGAUUUUCAACUGUCAGAGCCGGGAAGAACAUUGCCUGGGAAUAUUCCUCACGGCUCAUUACCGGUUCUAUUGUAGCACUGUCCCCUGCUAGUGAUUCAUUCAAAAGCAGAUGCGUUGUGGCAAUCGUGGCAGCGCGGCCAUUGGAAGGGGUCAAACAACAGCCACCAGAGAUCGACAUUUACUUUGCUCGACCAGAAGAUGCAGAGUUCGAUUCGCAUCAAGAAUGGAUUAUGGUUCAGGCUAAAAGUGGAUAUUAUGAGUCCAUGAGGCAUACGAUGACAGCACUGCAGAGAAUGAAACGAGAAAGGCAAGCAAGCAGCGUCAUCAUAGACUUCCAAAUCUCCAAUGCCGAACACAUCUGUUUUUUAAAUGCCGAUGUUGAUGCCCCCGAAUAUGUGAAAUAUACACCUAUUUUUGACAUACAGUCUUCUAUUGAGGGAUCUGGAAAAGAGGGGAAAGUCGACCUUCUUGAAGGCUGGCCUAGGGCACCAAUCGGCGACUUGGAUGCCACACAGUGGAGAGCAUUGGAGCAAAUGCUCACGAAAAGGCUUUCCCUUGUCCAGGGCCCUCCUGGCACUGGAAAAACUUUUAUUUCAGUUGUUGCUUUAAGGAUUAUAUUGGCCAAUAUGCAGGUUGGCGAUCCCCCCGUCGUCAUCUCUUCCCAGACAAAUCAUGCAUUAGACCAACUUCUAAAGCAUGUCUCUACCUUUGAGAGCAACUACGUUCGUUUGGGGGCUAGAAGCGGUGAUCCAGAAAUUAAAAAACGUACCCUAUUUGCUGUUCGGCAGAAAGAGCCCCAUGUCACGCUUCAGGGCAGCGUUCUAGGUCCUGCUCGAAAAAGGCACAGGGGCCUCAUUCAACCAAUCAUCGAGCUACUGCAGCCUUUUAAUUCUGAGAACGCAGAUGCCCCACUGCUGUCAUCCUUCUUUGUUGAGCAUGGGGUGUUAACACAAGUGCAGUUUGACUCGCUCGAAAGGGGGGCAAAAGGGUGGAUAUAUCACGGAAAAGAAGAGAACGUUGACCCUUUGAUAUAUUGGCUUGGGGAAGGAAUAGGUAAGUUUGAAUUGAGCUACACCACCGACAACUUCGGUUUCGUCGAGGACGAGGUAGACCUUGAGUAUGAGCAACUCAAAGAGUUGGAAGCUGAGCAAGGGAUUGAAGAGGAUGAUUAUGAGAUACUCAAAGGUCAAUUCAUACAUAUCCGAGAAGGGUUCUGUGGACAGAGCGAAUCUAUCUCAGAGGAAACUAGCCUAAAGUAUCUCAAGUUGCAAGACCUAUGGAAAAUACCAGUCAAAGCACGCGGCGCCGUCUACGAUGCUCUUCGAAAGGCAGCCAAGAUGAAGGUGACUGAAAAGUUCCGCAGGCUAGUUGCUCUCUAUGCGAAGAAUUCCAAUGAGCUUCAGAUUGGCAAAUGGGAAAGGGACAAUCACAUCCUCCAAAGUGCCAGGGUCAUUGGUAUGACGACCACAGGUCUAAGUAAGUAUCGGGGCCUGAUUUCGAGCCUGAGACCCAAGAUUGUCCUGAUCGAAGAAGCGGCCGAGGCAAUUGAGGCACCGGUGGCAGCUGCUUGUUUUGAUUCUCUUCAACACAUGAUCCUUGUUGGUGACCACCAACAACUCAAAGGUCAUUGCUCAGUCCAGGACCUUGAGGGGGAACCUUUCUUUUUAGAUAUGUCAAUGUUCGAGCGCCUACUCCACAACGGGAUCGAAUAUACAACCUUGAGGAGACAAAGACGCAUGGCUCCCGAGAUACGUCGUCUGAUAGAACCUAUUUACGGAGAACUACAAGAUCAUAAGUCGGUCCACAAUCGUCCUAAGGUUCCCGGCAUGGGAGAUAUACAGUCAUACUUCUUUUCUCACGGAUGGCCUGAAAACAGCGAUAGCCUGGCAUCCAAGAUGAACGAAACAGAAGCAGAGAUGAUUGUGGGCUUCUUCAUUCAUCUUGUGCUCAAUGGAACGCCGGUAACUGAUAUCACAAUCCUGACAUUUUAUAACGGCCAGAGGAAAAAGCUCCUGAAAUUAUUGAAGAGCCAUCCUUAUCUCCAAGGCCAGUAUGUGAAGGUAGUGACCGUUGAUUCCUACCAAGGAGAAGAAAAUGAAAUUGUCCUUCUCUCCCUCGUUCGAAGCGACAAGCCAAACGUUGGGUUCCUGUCUGUUGAAAACAGAAGCCAUCAGACUGGAAUAAGACAAAUGGUGGGUGCGAUCUUCGGUGUGGCGAGAUGCUUGAAUGUGGACACAUUUGUCCUUUACUGUGUCACAGUUUUUCACAUAACCAGGUCAACUGCGACUGAAUCUGUCAACGAUAAGGCAAGAACUGGCCGUACAAACCCUGGCACGCACACAUAUCAUUCGGAAGAAACCAUAGACGAUGAGAGCUUGCAACGGCAGGCCGUGAAGCGGUAUCAUGAUUUUGCCAAUGGAGGUGCUCGGGACGAGGACGCUCGGAUACAAAAAGUCGAGCGCAGUAUGAGAGUUAAGCCCAUGGAACGAAAUCUGUUAGAUGAUAGCGAAUGA